AUGCCAGCAUCACCUUCACACCGCCGCCCAUCCUCUCGCUCCCCUCGCCGAGACCAAGACCGCGGGGACCGAGACUCGUACAGGCGCCGCUCUCCCGAUCGUAGACCCAAAGACAGUGGCUACGCCGACCGCGAUAGGAUACGAGACCGCGAGCAUAGUAGGGGAUCCAGAGAGCCCAGAAUGAAUGGGGAAAGAGACGGGGGAUAUAGGGGAGGUGUGAAGAGGGAGAAGGAUGGGUCGUAUGGUGCGCGAGAGAGGGAAGGCGAGAGGUCGAAAGAUAGGAAGCGGUAUGAUGAAGAUGCUGGGCGGGAUGGCCCCGAUGGACCAGCUGUGGAACCGGAGAAGCCCAACUUUGGUACUUCGGGACUCUUGGCGAAAGAGACAAAUACGGUGAAAGGCGUGGUGGUCAAGUACAACGAACCGCCUGAGGCGAGGAAGCCGACAAAGAACUGGCGUUUGUAUGUUUUCAAGGGGGAGGAACAGAUUGACUUGAUACAUAUCUAUCGGCAGUCUUGUUACCUCAUCGGCAGGGAUGAAGUGGUUACAGACAUACCGAUAGCGCACCCAUCAUGCUCCAAGCAGCAUGCUGCCAUCCAGUUCCGUCAGAUGACUGAGCGUAAUGAGUAUGGAGAUGUCACGAGUACCGUCAAGCCUUUUUUGAUUGAUCUGGAGUCGACGAAUGGCAGUUUUGUGAACGAGACGGAGAUUCCCAAAACGAGAUACUACGAGCUGAGAAGCAGUGACGUCAUCAAGUUUGGUACUUCGUCGAGAGAGUAUGUGUUGCUUCACGAGAAUGCUUCAUCCGCUUCGUAA